UUGUUUUGAAAGAGAGAAGGAGGAGGAGGAGACAGUUAUAUUCCCGGUACAGGAGAGGAGACAGGUUACCAGCACAGCUGCGCGCGCUCGCUGUUAUUCCGUGUUGCUCUCCGGGUCGCUUGUGGUGGUGGUGGCGGCGGCGGUGGUGUGCUACUGCGCAUGCGCAGAUCUCCUGCCUGUGCAGCUGCUGCUUUCUGCUUCGCUGAAAGAUUAACAUUUGAGCCUAAUAGAUAUAAAGAUGACUACGUCAUGGAGUGACCGCCUUCAGCAUUACGCAGACCUCCCAGCGAACAUGGACGGGUUGGCUAUGAAGAAAUACAGACGGGAGGCAUAUCAUAGGGUAUUCGUGAACAGAAGUUUGGCAAUGGAGAAGAUCAAAUGCUUUGGUUUUGACAUGGAUUACACUUUAGCAGUGUAUAAAUCUCCAGAAUACGAGUCCCUGGGUUUUGAUCUGACUGUUGAGCGACUGGUUUUUAUUGGCUAUCCACAGGAACUGCUCAGCUUUGUCUAUGAUCCAUCCUUCCCCACCAGAGGUCUGGUGUUUGAUACGUUGUACGGUAACCUCCUGAAGGUGGAUUCCUAUGGAAACAUCCUGGUGUGUGUUCAUGGCUUUAACUUCCUGCGUGGGCCUGAAAUCCGAGAGCUCUACUCCAAUAAAUUCAUCCAGCGUGAUGACACUGAACGCUUCUACAUCCUUAACACUCUCUUCAAUCUGCCAGAAACCUACCUCUACGCCUGCCUCAUUGACUUCUUCUCCAACUGCGACCGGUACUCGAGCUGUGAGACAGGCUUCAAAGACGGAGACCUCUUCAUGUCCUUCAAGAGCAUGUUCCAGGACGUGCGAGACGCUGUCGACUGGGUCCACUUUAAGGGAACGCUGAAGGAAAAAACAGUGGAGAAUCUGGAGAAAUAUGUGGUGAAAGAUUCUAAGCUGCCUCUGCUGCUCAGCCGCAUGAACGAAGUUGGCAAAGUGUUCCUGGCCACCAACAGUGACUACAAAUACACAGAUAAAAUCAUGUCCUACCUGUUUGAUUUCCCUUACGGCCCAAAGCAAAGCCCUCCGCAUCGCCCAUGGCAGUCGUACUUCGAUCUAAUCCUGGUGGACGCACGGAAGCCACUGUUCUUUGGCGAGGGCACUGUACUGCGGCAGGUCGAUACGACCACCGGGAGGCUCAAGAUCGGAACAUAUACUGGCCCUCUGCAGCACGGAAUAGUCUAUUCUGGAGGUUCCUCAGACAUCAUGUGUGACCUUUUGGGCGCUAAAGGGAAGGACAUCCUCUACAUUGGGGACCACAUCUUUGGAGACAUUCUGAAAUCCAAAAAACGCCAAGGUUGGAGGACGUUCCUGGUGAUCCCCGAACUCGCCCAGGAGCUGCACGUCUGGACCGACAAGAGCUCGCUGUUUGAAGAACUCCAGGGUCUGGACAUUUUCUUGGCUGAGCUGUAUAAGCAUCUGGACAGCAGCAGCAACGAGAGACCAGACAUUAGUGCCAUCCAGAGGAGAGUGAAGAAAGUGACCCAUGACAUGGACAUGUGCUACGGCAUGAUGGGUAGUCUGUUCCGCAGCGGCUCUCGACAGACCCUGUUCGCCUCGCAGGUGAUGCGCUACGCCGAUCUGUACGCUGCUUCCUUCAUCAACCUGCUGUACUACCCAUUCAGCUACCUUUUCAGAGCUGCACACGUACUGAUGCCACACGAGUCCACGGUGGAGCACACGCACGUCGACACGGACACCGAGUCGCCGCUGGCUACACGCAACCGCCACAGCGUCGACUGCAAGGAAAUAGAAUGCAAACGCAGCCAGCUGACACGCUCCCUGAGCGAAAUCAAACCCCCUAACCUGUUCCCCCAGACUCCACAGGAGAUCACACACUGCCAUGAUGAAGACGAUGAUGAGGAGGAAGAGGAGGAGGAGGAGGAGGAGGAAUAGAUGACUCUCCUUCAGUCAGGCCUGACCUUUUCUUCAAUUCCCUAAGGGAAACAUUUAACUUUAGUGAAGGGAACAAUAGUGAGGGGUUUUUAAGACAAAAAGAAAAUUGAGUUUAACUAUUACAGGUUUUUUUGUUUGUUUUUUGACUAUAUGAGAAUGUGUAGCAUGUGAGAGUUAAGCUCAAUCGGUUUGUGUGUCAAUGUUUGGCUUGGCUGAAGACCCCCUGAAAAUGUUUGCAGUUUUUCUUUUUUUUUUUUCUUUCUAGUUUUCCAGUUAACAGUGUAGUUAGAAGGAUAACAGCAAAGCACAUAUUUGAUUAACGGUAAGCUAUAAAAACCCGAACUGUUAUGGGACAUGUAUUCUAGUGAGUUUACAGUAUGUUGGAGAUGCACGACUCUUUUGUGAAGGUCAGUCAUAUGACAAAUGCUCACACAAGCAGCUAUGCUUCAUAUUAGAUCCGUUCCAGCCUGUUAUUUAUUAAUGGUCUAGACAUCUAGAUAUCUAACAUGAGAAACAUUAUGCAUCAUACUGUAUAUGAGUCGGAAAUGUUCAAACGAGCAGUUUAUUUUGAACUUACUCACUGUACAUACUCAGCAGAAUAACCCCACUGGGUUCCCACUGUUUCUGGGCUCAUGACAGAAAUUUUUUAAAAUCUUUUUUUUUUUUUUAAACACAAGCCUUUGUUUCAUUUGAACAUCGUUUGUCUGUACAGCCGAUUUUGGCUAAAUGCUGCCUCAUACAGGACUUGAGAGGAAGUGCAAAGCAUGUGUGUUGGCAUGAUGUUCCUCUUAUUAGAGAGCUGUUCAUGAUAGGAAUGUAAAUGAAGUCCGGAGGGGGUCUGCAGCGCGCCGUGAUGGCCAACGUGACGGCUACGAAAGAAUGCCACUAACACAAGCGCCCCUGUUACUUGGCAACCGCUGUGCCAGGCGAACCACAUAAGGCUAGUUAGAUGGUUUUGUUUUUGUUUUUAUUUUUUAAUGGCAGUGAUGUCAGCUGCCAAGUAUAGUGCUAUGCAGCAAAGCAAGCUGUCAACAGAGGCACUUUUUCUCAAUCACACACACUCACUACAAUGUACCGGCAUAUUUUUAUACUCGACGUCUCCGUUUGUGGAGAUAAACUACCAAAAUUUGAAUCUUUCCAGUGCCAUAUUGAUAACACAGUCAUUUCUAGCCAUGCUAUUUGCCACGCUGUGCAUAAAAGUGACCUCGAUAUGCAAAAAAAUAAAAAUAAAAAUAAAAAACUCUUGUAAAUAGUGUACUUUAUAGCUGGUGUGAGUAGAGAAUUUAAAUAUAUGUGGAUAUAUAAAAUAUAUAUAAGUAUCGGAUUUAGCGUGCGUUGAGCUCAGCACAUCUUGCGGUUCAGAGUAGUUCAGAUUAGCGUGCGAUUUCAUUGGAGAGUUUACUCCCUUGAGGACCAAUAACGUUAAGAGCACUCUGAACAGUGAUCUUUUCAACUCAGCAAGGUCCUUAUAGCAGAGGUGCCAACAUCUACAGUUAAGCUGGAGCAUUUACUAGUUUUGACCCCUUACCAAGGCGACACGGGAGGCACGUAAAACCUAAACUGUUCGCAAGUAGGCAGAACCGCAGCCUAUUUCUUCACUAGAAAAUGGAGGAGCUGCUUAUUUGUUCCUGCUGCUUGGCGCACAUCUGGAAAAAGUCGCCUUCUCGUCCGCCAACCCGCACAAGGCUGGGGGUAUUCAAUUAAAAUUUGUAAAGGUCCAGCUGGAUUAGUGACUAACAUGACUAACUGUCAAUAACAGUUAACCAUUCAUGAUUAGUUUAGGUCUACAAAUAAAACAAACCAGAGUGGUUAUAUUUUCUUUCGCACUUGCGCUCCAUGUUACCGCUUUUGACUAAAGCCACGGACUCUGAACAGAUGAGACGUCUGUUUGGAAUAAACACAUGCUUCUCUGUCCAAUCAUCUUUGUCAGCUUUAUAUAUAUAUAUUUUUUAUAUAUAUAUAUAUAUAUAUAUAUUUAUAUAUAUAUAUAUAUUUUUUAAACGAAACAACCUAUGUUGUCAGUUUGCUGAACAGACUAGAGAAGGUAAUAAAACUAAAACUCUGUGAAAGUUAUGAGACCUAAUGUCUCUAGUGGUGUAGUAUUCUCUAGUAUUGAAUCAGCUAGAUUCAAUGAACUACAGAUAGCUUUUAAUUCCUACAUUGACCUGCUUAGCUACACUAUUUUUAACUUGGUUAAAUACUUUGCUGGGUCUGUAUCUGGACCGCGGUGCACCAGUUAACAACACCUGGUCUAGGGUUGUGUUACAUUUCUGGGGUAUUUUUUUGUGUGUUUUUUUUUUUUUUUUUUUCUGUGACUUCUUCCAGUCCCUCCAGGAUUUUGCAAAAUCAAGCAAACUCAGAAAUAGCAAUAUUCGGAGGAGCUCGCAAUUUUUCACAAGUACUGCAGAUACGGGCCGAGACGCGCCAUGUGACGUCAUCACAACGCGCAUUCAGCCAAAGCCCCCUUCGUUUCACGUGCGUGAAACACGAGUACAGCUAAAAGGUCUCAUUUACCAAAAACAUCACUGUGAAAGACCGUGCAGAACAAUUUCGUGCGAUCGCAAUUUCGCCAAUUCAAAUAGUUUUCCACAAAAAAAAAAACACACAAUAAACUUUUUACAUCGCAUAACAGAUUUUGAAAAAAGCCACAGGAAAAUCAAUCACAGCAACAACCCCCCCCCCCCAAAAAAAAAAAACCUCUGCAAAAUCCUGUAUGGACUGUUCUUAUGAGUGUUGGUGCCUCUGCUAUAGACCUAAACCAGAAGCAAUAGAUACAGUAGAUUUGCAUUCGUUUGUUUCUUAAAGGAAUGAAAAUUAUAUUUGAUAGAAGGAAAAUGAUUGAACUUUCCUUUGCCCCCCCCCCCCCCCCCCCGAAAAAAUUGUUUGUCGUAUUUCAGAGAUGGUCAAUGAAAAGGGAAAGAGAAGCAGGUAAUAUUUAAUAAAGUAUUUGAUAAAGUCAAAUAAAUGUUUCAGGCAAACUUGCAACUGGAUUUCAUAUUCAAGUCACAUUCAGUGGUUUUAAAACUGGAAAUGUAAUAUCCAAGGCAGCUCGUUUCGAAGUGAACUGUCAGAACCGUUCAGCUGCACUGGAUCUUAAAGCAGUCGUCAUUAUCAUGCAUUACUGCUGAAGGUCAAAUUUUGCACAAAACGGUCACCACCCCAAGAAAACCUUGUAGCAUUUGCGCCAGGACAUUGUUAAACUAUUCUGAUGUUAAAAGCAGUAUUUUGUGCUGUAUAUCAUUGUGUAUCAAUCUGUGAACGAUGUUACAUCCGAUUUGUUUCAGUCUUUGUACAGUGUAAGAGUAUAGACCCACUGAGGUGACAUACUGGGUUUUUUUUUGUUUUGUUUUGUUUUUUAUUAAAGUGCGACCCAUAUGUAGAGUGAAUAGAUUUUUGAAUUUUUUUGUACAAUUUCUGCUAAAUAAUUAACUGGAUAAUUAACGUAUUAAGUCUGACAAUUCAACAACAUAUUAAGUCGUGAGCUUAAGUUACACAAUUCAUUGCCUUGGCAUAAUCAUUUAAAAUAUUAAACUUGUGGCCUCAAUGCGUUAUGCCGUGGCCGCAACCCUAUUAAAAAUAACCACAAAGUCACCUCGGAGGUUCUAUAUAGAAGUCGUUUGUUUGUUUGUUUUUUCACUUUGAGACCGAAAAAUACGAAGAGCUGAUGUGUAUUUAAAAAUGGCACAGUAUCCAUACGUGCCUUUAUACCACUGCUGCAGACUUUUGCUCCUUUGGGAUGUUUUUUUUCUUUCCCCUGUUGAUUACAGAAACCUGCUUUAUUAUUAUUUUUUUAAUUCUUCAAGGCAUUUUGGAAGUGCGGGAACUGUCCUGUAUGCAUAAAUAACUACCGCUAGAAUGCUCCUUGUCCGUUUUUAUAAUGUAGAGUAGAAACUUGCACAAAACAAAAAAAGUCAGUACUGCAUAAAGUACAAAGUGGGGAAAAGGUCUGCCGUGUUAUAAUUUGGUGUGUUCGUUUCCCACAAUCACGGCAUGUGCUUGUGUGUCCCUUCUGUUCAGAUCUUGUUCAACUUGUACAUUUGGGCAGGCUGCACUGAAAUGUGAAAUAAAGAUCAUUUUACAUAA